AUGGACUCCUCCGCCCCUGCGUCCAAACUUAGCAGCAGCGAAGUGUCGUUCCCUAGAGGUGGUGGCUCUGUUUUGAGUGCCGUGGAGCUCAAAACCAUCUCCAACAAGGCCACAGAAGAUGUCUUGUUCGAGCAGAAAGCCGCUUCCACCAAAAAAAGACCUGCUGCAGCCGACCAGAAGAACAGAAAGAAGCAAAAGAAUAAGAAGCUGUCCGGCGCUGCUUCCAAAGACGAUGCUGAGCUGGUUGAAAUUUCCCACUUUACAUUCAAGAACAUGUUACCAGGCGCCGAAGUCUUGGGUCAGAUCAUGGCUAUCCACCCAAACGGACUCUCGUUGGGUUUCGGAGAUAACUUGACCGGUCACGUUCCCAUCACCUCCAUCAGUGCUGAGAUCAGCGAGCAGCUAGAAAAGUACUCUGCGGCUGACGACUCCGAUGAGGAAGACGAAGAGGACCCAACACAGGCAACCUCCUCGUUCAAGCCUGAAAUGCCUAAACUCGCAGAGCUCUUUACCGUGGGCAAAUGGCUUCGAGCAACCGUCAUCCCCGACGGCGACAAGAAGAAGUCUAUCCAUCUUACAAUUGUGCCAGAGACUGUGAAUGCCCACAUUGAAGCUGCUGACUUGGAUGCCAAUACCAUCGUCCAGGGUUCCGUGAAAUCCAUCGAAGAUCAUGGUGUGGUUUUCAACCUCGGUUUGGAGAGCACCACCGGUUUCAUGGACAAGAAAGAGCUCAAGAAAGCCGGCCUCACCAUUUCUAGCUACAAGCCUGGUCAAGUGCACCUUCUAUCCAUUGCCACCGUCAACCUGCGUGCUGUGACUGUGCGUCCUGCUGAAAACGAGAACUUCAACAAAAAGACUGUUGCUACUUCUGUCUCUACCAUUGACGCUAUCCACCCAGGUCUUAUUGUCAACGCUAGAGUCAGCGAUAACCUUGAUGAGGGUGUUGUGCUCAGAAUUUUCGAUAUGGCCGAUGCUACCAUGACACUUCCACAUGCCGGUGAGUACACUGCAGCAAGUCUCAAAAACCAUUUCGCCAUCGGCGCCAACGUCAGAGCUAGAGUCAUCGGUGUGAUUUCCGAAGAGGGAACAAAGAAGUUCUUGUUGUCGCGUUCUCCCAGAAUCGUUGAGUUCAAAACUGGCUUCAACCAGGAGCUUUCGGAGUCUUUCCCAAUCGGAUUCAUCUUUGACAGUAAAGUGGAAGUCGUUGGCAUGGACCGUGAAUUCCUCUACAUUUCCACCGGAGCCGGUAACAUCUACGGUCAAGUCCAUAAGUCUCACACCGACCCGGAGAAAAUCGCCGGUAUCGAAUACCCCGUGGGCUCUCAAUAUAGAGCCAGAGUUCUUGGUGUCAAUCAAUUCGAUAACUUGUUGAGACUUAGUUUCAACCCAACCACCAUCGAUUCCAAAUUUGCAUCUGUGGAUGAUAUCACUGUCGGUGAGUACAUCCCAUCCGCCGAGAUCGUCCAAAUCUUGCCUGAAAACAAGGGUGUGCUUGUUAAAAUCUUCGGCCAAUUCGACGCCUUGGUGCCAAUGAAACACCUUUCUGAUAUCAAGCUUGUGUACCCUGAAAGAAAAUUCAAGGUAGGCUCCAAAUUCAAGGGAAGAGUUUUGGACAAGAGAGGCAGAAAGAUUCUCGUGUCGUUACGUAAAACUCUUGUCAACAUGGAAGACGAUGCUGUCGUAGCCAAGAUGGCAGAUCUUUCCGUCGGUUUGAGAACCAUUGCCGUUGUCGAAAAAUUUGUCAAGGGUGGUGCUGUUGUUUCGUUCUUCAAUAACUUGAGAGCAUUCUUGCCCAACAAUGAGAUCUCUGAGUCUUUUGUCAAAGACGCUGCCGACUACUUGAAGCAAUAUCAAGCUGUUUCUGUUCGUAUCCUUCGUUUCGACGCAGAGAACGAAAAGAUCUCUGUCACAUUGAGACAAUCUUCCGAGCUCAGUGACGCUCAAGCCACGCAUUUAGAGACGCUCCAAAUUGGCCGCUCUGUCGUCAAGGCAACCGUUGCAGAGAAGACUAAAGAAAACAUCAUUGUCGAGUUGGACGGUUCUAACUUGAGAGGUGUUAUUGCUACUUGUCACUUGUCUGAUGGUAACUACGAAGAGAGUAGAAUUGUUUACAAGGCACUUGAAAUUGGCUCAAGCAUUGAUGUCAUCAUCCUUGAAAAGGACUUCAAGAACAGACUUGUCACAGUUUCUGCCAAGAAAUCAUUGAUUAACGCUGCUAAGUCGGAGACAUUGCCUAUUCAUUAUGAAGAUCUUCAUGUUGGUCUGACCGUUCCUGGUUAUGUGAUGUCUGUCACAAACAUGGGUAUUUUUGUCCGUUUCUGUGGCAGACUCACUGGUUUGGUUUUGCCCAGAAAUGCCACUUCCAACCCGGGUGAGGACCUUCAAAAGUUGUUUUUCAAGGACCAAUCCGUGUCAUGUGAAGUUCUCAAGCUUGAUGACGAGAACAGACGUUUCUUGUUGUCCUUCGGCGUCGGCGCUGAAGCAGAAGUUGCUAAGACCGUCAGAUUGAAGAACCCAGUCGACUCUUCGAAGAAGUUGUUGAGUGACUACUCCACUAGCGAUAUCACUACUGGUACUGUUCACUCCGUUGAGUCUGACCACUUGAACAUCAAAUUGGCCGAUAACCUCAUCGGAAGAAUCCACGCCAGUCAAUGCAUUGAGUCUUGGGAUUCCAUCAAAAACACCAAAACUCCUCUCAGUGGCUUCAAGGUCGGUCAGAAAAUCAAGGCUAAGGUCAUUGGUUUCUACAACACCAAAACUCACAAGUUUUCUACUUCCGGUUUUGUCGGUACUUCUACCACCAUCGAGUUGUCUUCUCUUGCCUCUGAGACUUCAAGUUCAAGUCCUUACAAGCCAGCAGUGCUCGAAGACUUGAAAGUUGGCGAUGAAGUGGUGGCUUACAUUGACCGUUAUGAGCAUGGCGUUACAUGUCUCAACGUUGCACCUGGUGUACCAGCUCAAGCUGCUCUCUAUGAUUUGUCUUCUGACGUGCUGACCUUUGAGAAGUUUGAGACCAACUUCCCAGUGGGUGCUGCUUUGAAGCUCAAGAUUCUCAGACAGGACUUCAAGCACAGAACCUUGAUCCUUUCUGCAAGAGACUUAGAGAUUGAGAGCUACUCUCAAUUGAAGGUGGGAGACAAAAUGGCCGCUAAGAUUUUUAAGAUCACUGACGCUUUUGUUUUGGUUGAACUUGGUAAAGAAGUUAAUGCUUUGAGUGACAUCACCGAGGCUUUGAGUGACUAUGACCAGGCUCUCGCAGAUGUAUUCCAUGUUGGCCAAGCUGUGGUCGCAACUGUUACAUCUGUCAACGCUGCUGAGCAAAAAGCAAGUGUUAGUUUGAGAAGCGAAAAGAAUCCAAAAGACAGAGCCAUCAAGUCCAUCGAUGACUUGAAGCGUGGAGACCUCGUCAAGGGUUUUGUCAAGAGCAUCAGCGACGUCGGCUUGUACGUGACUUUGGGCAGAAACAUCUCUGCUCUCGUGCGUGUUUCUGACAUUUCAGAUGCAUUCUUGGCUGACUGGAAGAAAUUCUUCAAACCUAACCAAUGUGUAUUGGGUAAAAUCUCUCAAUGUAAAGGAGAGGGUAGAAUUUUGAUGACAUUGAAGGAAUCCGAGGUCAAUGGUGACCUUACCUCUUACAAGACCUUCGACGAACUUGAGGUCGGACAGAACUAUGAUGGUAGCGUCAAGCAAGCCAUGGACUUCGGUGUUUUUGUCAAACUCGAUGGCACUGCAAACAUCAGUGGUCUCUGUCACCGUUCUGAGAUUUCCGAUAAUGUUGUUGAAAACGCUUCAGCUCUCUUUGGAGCUGGCGACCGUGUGAAGGUCAAGAUUCUCAAGAUUGACCAGGACAAGAAGCAACUCUCGCUUGGUAUGAAGGCUUCUUACUUCACUGAUAUCCAACAAGACAGCGAUGUCGAGAUGGAAGACGCUGAAGACGCCGAGAGCGGAGAUGACGAGGACAACGAGGAAAUGGUUGACUUUGACGAAUCUGCUGAUGAAGAUAACGAUGAAGAGACCGAAAAGGCUAACACUGCUAAGUCUUCUGCUAUGACUGGUUUGUCUACUAAUGGUUUCGACUGGACAGCCUCCAUCUUGGACCAAGUCGAGGACGACGAGUCUUCAGACGAUGAUGCUGACAACUUCAUGAACACUGAUAAGAAGAAGAGAAAGGCUAAGAAGCAGGUUGAGGACAAGACUGGCGAGAUCAACUCCAGAGCACCUCAGUCCGUCGGUGACUUCGAGCGUUUGCUUGUGGGUAAUCCAAACUCUUCUAUCUUGUGGAUGAACUAUAUGUCUUUCCAAUUGCAAUUGGGAGAGAUUGACAAAUCCAGAGAAAUUGCUGAGAGAGCUUUGAAGACCAUUAACUACAGAGAUGAGCAAGAGAAGAUGAACAUCUGGAUCGCUAUUCUUAACUUGGAAAACAGUUUCGGAAGCGACGAGUCUUUGGCUGAGGCAUUCAAGAGAUCUGUUCAAUACAUGGACUCUUUGACUAUGCACCAAAAAUUGAUUGGCAUCUACCAAUUGUCCGAAAAGUUUGACAAGGCAGAGCAGCUCUUUAAGACCAUGACUAAGAAGUUCAGUCAGAACGUUGCUGUGUGGGUCCUGAACGGAUCUUUCUUCUUCAAGCGUGAGAUGGCUGACGAGGCCCAUCAAGUAUUGGCCCGUGCUUUGCAAGCUUUGCCAAAACGUGACCAUAUCGAGAUUGUUAGAAAGUUCGGCCAACUUGAGUUUUCCGAGGGCGACCCUGAGCAAGGAAGAUCUUUGUUUGAGGGUUUGAUUACUGACGCUCCUAAGAGAAUUGACUUGUGGAACGUUUACAUUGAUCAGGAAAUUAAGCAAGGUGAUCGUGAUAGAGUCGAAGCUUUGUUUGAGAGGGUAAUUACCAAGAAGUUAUCCAAGAAACAAGCUAAGUUUUUCUUCUCCAAGUGGCUUUCAUUUGAAGAAGAGAAGGGAGAUGAGCAGGCCGCUGCUCGUGUUAAGGCUUUGGCAAUUGAAUUUGUUCAAAAACAGUCCAAGGACGAGGAGUAA